AUGUUUUCCUUUGCCAAAAAACUUGUUGACAGGUUUGAGGGCCAUGCAACGCAAAACCAAGCGCUGGACAUUUAUUUUAAGAAUGCUACAAAGAUGAACAACCGCGGGUAUGCACUCCGAGUUCUUAAUGUUGUUCCACACUCGCUUGCACACGCUAAAGGUUUUGAGUCGUGGUUUGACUAUAUAAUCAAGAUCAAUAAUCAUGAACUUCCCAUGCUCUAUGCAUUGUCAACUUAUUCAUAUACCAUUAAUGAAGAUGGGUCAAUCACCUAUGGAAAUGGUGUCACUACUGAGCAAGCAGCAGCAAUCAAUGUCGAUGUACUCAAACAAGAAUUGAGCACCUUGGCUCAACAUAAGCAAGAAGUUGUCUUUGAUGUAUGGAAUGCAAAAGGAGGUGUGAUUAGGCAAAUUAGUAUCCCUUUGAAAUUUGAAAGUGGAAACGAUAAUGAUAAUGAUAAUGGCAAUGAUAAUGGCAAUGGCAAUGACAAUGGCAAUGACAAAAACAACGGCAAUGACAAUGACAAUAACAAAAACAAUAUAGAUGAUAAGGAUAAUCAUGUUGGAAAUGUAUUAGAGUCUUUUGGGUUAACUGUUGAGUCACAGCAUUUGAGCACUGCUACUUAUGUGUGGAGGAUAUUAAAUACGCACCCAGGAUCACCUGCAUUCAGAUCACAAUUGGUUCCUCACUCGGACUUCAUUAUAGGAUGCGACUCUGCUUUCCCAAAUGAUGGCGCAAAAGGAUUAUUGAGACACGGGGGCGAGCAUCUUCUCUCAAAUACGGUAUCUAGUUAUUACAAUCACCAUUAUUCGCAUUCGGGUGAAGAUAACGUUCCCAUCACCUUAUACGUGUAUAACCACGAUUAUGAUAUAUUACGUCCAGUAACAGUGAACUUGUCACGCAGUUGGGGAAAUGGACAUAAUAGAGGCAUCUUAGGUUGUGAUGUGGGGUAUGGUUUGAUUCAUCGGAUCCCUGAGGUCAUUGGCAAAUUUGAAGGCAAUGCAAUUGUUGACGAUGUAUUGUUUUUAGCGGAUACCAAGACAGAGCACGGGUUCUCGUCUGAAGCUCUGCAACAGCAACAAGAGAAUUCUGAUCUGUACAUUACCCCAGCCCUCCAUCCACAACCUCUUGGAAUUAAUUCUGUUUCUGCAGUCGCUCCAGCAACCACCGGUGUUAUCCCACCUCCACCAAAAUCAACUAGGAAAAAGAAGCAUGUUGCCGCUCUUGGUGAUGAUGGGUUGAGUGACUAUAUGAAUGAAGAGUUAGAGAAAUCUAAGAAAUUGGAAGCAAACACACGGUCGAAAAGCCCUACUACAGCUGGGGAAGUUAACCCUCCACCACCACCACCGCCAGCAGCAGCAGCAGCAGCAGCUAAAAGUAGUUGA